AUGUCAUCAGAACUAUUAUAUUGCACAUUAGCUCCAGGAGGUCGUCCAUCUUCAGGAGGUGGCGGUCAUGGUGGUGACGACGGUCCAUCGGAACCAGCCAAUUAUAAUUUUGAAUAUGCUGUAUUAGAUGAUGGCAAUGAUUUUGGUCAUAAAGAAAUGCGUGAUGGUGAUGUAGCUAAAGGAACAUAUUACGUGGUAUUACCUGAUGGUCGUAAACAAACUGUUGAAUAUGUGGCUGAUCAAGAUGGAUACAAACCAAAAAUAAGUUACGAGGAUGGAUUCCCAGCUUAUCAAGGUUCACCAGGUGGAUCAGGCGGUGGCAAAAAUGAAGGUUAUAAAUAUUAA